UUAGUCCUUCUUUCAACAUCUCUCUCUCUCUCUUUCUCUCUAAGGUUUUUUACAUGCAAAAAUUUUCCGACAAAGGAAAAGAACCCUAAAACCGGAAGACACCCGAUCGCGCGCGAGUUCUUGAAAUAUUGGCUCUUUUCUUGUCAUUUAAAUCGAUUGGCUACGGAUUCGGGAAUCAAAUAUGAUAAACUUCGAAGCGACGGAGCUGAGGCUAGGGUUACCAGGGGCAGAUCAUGAGGAAAAAGCUGCGAAAAAUAAUGGAAAAAGAGGAUUUUCCGAGACCGUUGAUCUGAAGCUGAACCUUUCAUCAAUGGCUACGGAUUCAGGUUCCAUGGAUGGGUCGGAGAAGAUGAAGGAGAAGACGACUGUAAAGCCACCGGCAAAGUCGCAAGUGGUGGGUUGGCCGCCGGUCCUGGCCGAUGAGGCGGAGAAGCCGACGUCGUCAUCGGCGGCGGCGGCCUUCGUGAAGGUGAGCAUGGACGGUGCACCCUACCUCCGAAAAGUCGAUCUCAAGCUCUACAAUAGCUACCACGAAUUAUCCGAUGCCUUGGGCAAAAUGUUCAGCUCUUUCACCUCAGGAAACCAUGAACAGCAAGGGAUGAAUGAUUUUAUGAACGAGAAUAAUAAACUGAUCGAUCUCUUGAAUGGAUCGGAAUAUGCUCCAACUUAUGAAGAUAAGGAUGGAGAUUGGAUGCUUGUCGGCGAUGUUCCGUGGGAGAUGUUUGUUGAUUCAUGCAAACGUCUAAGGAUAAUGAAGGGAUCUGAAGCAAUUGGACUUGCUCCAAGGGCAUUAGUUAAAUGCAAGAACAGAUGCUAAGACCUUGUGAGAUUCCGAUGUUAUAUACAGAACCGGAAAAAGGACCGGUUUCCAAUCGGUUUACCAAAGCCAAGACCCAAACCGAAAAGCCAAACCGGCUCGGAACCGUUCGAGCAGGGAUUUUGAGCUGUAAUGAAUAAUGGUGAUGAUGAUGAUGUCAUGCUUUCGAAUUUUUCACUCUUUUUUUUUUGUCAUAUAUAUAGAUUUAUAUAAUAUGUUUGUUUUUAUAUAUAAUAAUGUGUAUAUUUGUUAGGAUGAAGCAACUAGUUUCACCUAACUGUUUGUUUUUACACGUUAUAUUAUAUCUAUGUUCGGUCACUAUGAACAUAUUAAUGUGUAAUAGUUUUUGUUCAUGUUGCCUCUCUGUUUAUCUCAUCGAUUGUUCGAGUUU